UAACACCUUUCCAUUUAGUAUCAAUUUCUAUAUAGCUAAAGAAAGUGAUAUCAAGCAUAAGUAAUAUAAUGGGAUACUUGUGCAUUAAGGUUUCGUUUUGUGUGAUGUGUGUGUUGGGGUUGGUGAUUGUGGGUGAUGUUGCCUAUGCUCAAGAUUCAGCUCAAGACUAUGUAAAUGCACACAAUGCUGCACGAGCAGAGGUGAGUUCUCAAUCACCAAGAGCAAAUGUAAUUGUUCCAAGUUUGGCUUGGGAUGAUACGGUUGCUGCUUAUGCAGAGAGCUAUGCUAAUCAACGUAAAGGUGACUGUGCACUGAUCCACUCUGGUGGAAAAUAUGGGGAGAAUAUUGCAAUGAGCACUGGUGAACUAAGUGGCACAGAUGCAGUGAAAAUGUGGGUUGAUGAGAAAGCCAACUAUGACUACAAUUCCAAUUCCUGUGUUGGCGGAGAGUGCCUGCACUACACUCAGGUUGUUUGGGCCCACUCUCUGCGUCUUGGAUGUGCCAAAGUGACAUGUGAUAAUGGAGGCACUUUCAUCACUUGCAACUAUGAUCCCCCUGGCAACUUGGUUGGUGAAAGUCCCUACGAACUGUAGCUGCUAGAUACCACAUACUUUAUAUAUUUUGAAUAAAUGAAUGAAUAACACCAUAAAUUUAGGUGAUGUACACUUCAAUUUCAUGUAAUAUUACUUCUCAAUGUAUUGAAAUAAUUAUAAUACUUAAUAAAAAUAAUACAUGUUCGAGUGUUA